GAAGAAGGUGGGGUAGAGGUCAGAAUCAGAAGGCUAUUCUGCUUUAUUUGCAGUUUGGGAGUUAUCUCUUCUCCUCCACUCUCAACACAUAUAUAGUAUGACAAGUUCCCUUCAGUAUCAAAUGUGCCCAAAAGAUAAUAAAUGAAUGAAAGAGAAGGACGGGUGGGUGGGAGCCUUGAUCACAUGAGGAGGAACGGGAACUGGAGCUAGGCACCGGCAGUUUCUGCAGAGCAAGUCAGUGCAGGAAGUCGGAACUGCAAAGAAACAAUUAAGCUGUCUGAAAGGAUCUUCAUUAAAACAAGCACCACAACAAGAAGCAUUUUCAGAACAGAAAUGAACAGCUGGACAGCAAAUAACAGUUCCGUCAACAGCAAUGGAACAGAUCUCACUAUCGGCUUUACCUCUUCUGCAAUAGCUGUCUUUUUAUUUGGGACAAACUUUGUACCUGUUAAGAAAUUUGAUACUGGUGAUGGAAUGUUCUUCCAGUGGAUUCUCUGUGCUGCAAUAUGGAUAGUAUCAUUGGUGGUGAACCUUAUUCAGAAUAGCCCUCGGUUUUGGCCUCUUGCUAUGGUUGGGGGUAGUGUAUGGGCUACAGGUAACAUUACAGUUGUCCCCAUUGUUAAAACCAUUGGUUUAGGUCUUGGACUCUUAAUCUGGGCUUCUUUUAAUUUGCUAACUGGCUGGGCAAGCUCAAGGUUUGGCUGGUUUGGAAUUGACCCAGAAGAAGUAUCAAAACCCAUCUUAAAUUAUAUCGGAGCUGGACUUUCAGUGUUAAGCACUAUCAUAUUUCUUUUUGUAAAAAGUGAAGUUCAGAGUUCUUCAACUUUGUUAGAAGCCACCCCAUUACUGAGAGAGAGGUCAGUCAACAAUUCUGAAAAUACCUAUUCUGAUGCUUCAUGGGUAGACAGUCUUUCUCCAGUACGAAAAAGAGUAAUAGGCUGUACCCUAGCAGUAGUAGCUGGAAUAUUCUAUGGUUCCAGCUUUGUGCCAGUGCUCUACAUCAAGGACCAUGGUAGAAGAAAUGGAACAGUAUACACAGGAGCAAGUCAAUUUGAUUUAGACUAUGUCUUUGCACACUUUAGUGGAAUCUUUCUCACAAGUACCAUAUACUUUUUGAUCUACUGUGCAGUCAUGAAAAAUAAACCUAAAGUUUACCCUGAAGCCAUAAUACCAGGAUUUGUUGCUGGUGUACUUUGGGCAAUAGCCAAUUGUUGCUGGUUCAUAGCUAAUCACUACCUCAGUGCGGUGGUCAGCUUUCCAAUAAUUACUGCUGGCCCUGGCUUUGUAGCUGCUAUGUGGGGAGUCCUGGUAUUUAAAGAAAUAAAGGGAUUGAAAAACUACCUGUUACUCUCCGUAGCAUUUUGCGUCAUUUUGGCUGGGUCACUCUCCACAGCGUUUUCUAAAAUUUGAAGGGAUUGCUUGGACCAGCAGAUGGUGCUACUGGUUAAUAAAAACACUCUAAGAAGACUGCAAUCUGACAUUUUCUGAGCUGAUUAUUAGAUCUUCACUCUGACAAGAGACUGGCGAAUAUUCAUAAUUCAAGUUUUUUUAUGCCAACUGAGAAAAUUCAGCAGAAAUUGUUUCAGGCCUGAAACAAGUAAAAGAUAGCAUGGAAUAUAUAUAUAUAUUUUUAAUAUACUGGAAGAUGCCAGUGUUGUCUUUCUGGAUGAUUGUAGGAGCAAAAACUGGCCUUCAAAUGUUUCAAAUAAUUUUCUGUUAUAGUGCAUUAGUCUAUAAACUAUCAUUGAAUCAGGACACGUUUUAAUUCAUCUUUGCAGGUUGGAGGAUAAAGGGAAUGUUAAUUCUGGGUCUUAAUAUUUUACUUUGCAAGGCAGUACACUUGUUUUAAUAAAUUGUGUGUUCUGGUUUAUUAGGGCGGAUAUGCAAAACAAUCUGUCAACAAAGUAACCAUAGCAUCACUGAAGCAAGGUUUGUUGGGGAGGGAGGUUGUUUUGUAUUGUUGAGACGUUAUCUAUUAACGUGUCAGUUUACAUAAAAAAAAAUGUAUCUGCUAUUCACUUUAUAGUUUUGAAUGUAAAAGCUUUUUGUUGUUGUUGAAAUAGUCAACAAUGUUUAUUGAUGAUCUUGUUUUGUUUAACUGAAAGAAGUAGUUUACAGUUCCAUUUAAAUUAUGCAAAUAUUAGUACCUUGGGCAUCAUUCUUGAAAUAUUUUCUAAAAUCUACUCAGUUGAAGUAGAAUUGUGAGGAACUAUGCAAACAAUCUAUUCUGGAACUGGAGCAAUACCUUCAGUGUAAGAAAUGUAAGUUUGUUGCCAAAUUACAUAUACAGUUAAACAUUUGUUGACAGGCACCAACUAUUGUGCAUUUUCUGAAUAGUCAGACUUUUUCAUGCAGCACAUUCCAUAUCAAAGCUGUGACUGUCACAGUAACAUUUUGUAAUUGGUUAUACUAAAAAUUCAUGGUAAUUUCUUUGUUGUAAAACAGGUUUUGCUAGAGUGCAAAUUGCAUGUGUUGUAUUAUGACUCGAUUUGCAUGUACAAUUUCAAAAUAGAGUGAUUUCAGAGUAGCAGCCGUGUUAGUCUGUAUCUGCAAAAAGAACAGGAGUACUUGUGGCACCUUAGAGACUAACAAAUUUAUUUGAGCAUAAGCUUUCGUGAGCUACAGCCCACUUCAUCGGCUGCAUAGAAUGGAACAUAUAGUGAGGAGAUAUUAAACUGAUAAGAACAGAUACUACACUUGGACCACAGCUCAGAGAACAUGAAAAGGUGGGAGUUGCCCACUCUAAGAGACUAAUUAAUUAAUUAAUUAAGAUGAGCUAUUAUCAGCAGGAGAGGAAAAAAAACCUUUUGUAGUGAUGAUAAUAGAGUGAGACUCUCCCCCGCCCCGCGCCCCCCCCCCCCCAGUAACCAAACAAUUGAAAGGAGCAAAUGCUGCCUGAAAGGGCUUUGCUUCAUGCAGAAGUUUCCAGGGACAGUGGGAUGGAAUCCACAGCCCCAACCUGCCAGACUACUCUGUAGCUGGGCUACAGCAACUAAUCCAGACCCUAGGGAAGAGCAGCAUAUGUGGGGUUUAAGGCUAAAAGUCAUCAGGAAGUAUGUGGAAGCGUAUGAUUGUAUCUCCAUUGCACCCACAAUUCCCUCCCCCCUUCCAGUGAUCUUGCAGAAAUCUUCUCCGUGGCCUGUGGCAGGGAUGUGUAGAAUUAUAUUGUUCUAACUUCAGGCAGCUUCCUGAGACCCUUAGGACUACAGCUGGUCAGAAAAUAGGGCUUUUUCCCCUGUGGAAAAUAUAUUUGGAAAAGGAAUAAAGAACAGUUUGGGGAUGAAUUUGUUUUCCAGUGAAAAAUCAAAAAAAAAUUGUGCAAGCGUGGAUUCCUGAGCCACACUGCUGUCUGAAUUUACUUAAUGAACGGAACAUAUCUUCUGAUUUUAAACAAAAUUAAAGUGUAUGUCUGUUUUCAAAGGGCACAGGAAUGCAAGACAUGUCAAGAUGAAAGUCUCAUGCUUUUUCUGUUCAUAACUGUAGGCAGAACCUGCUGUGCAGGGUCUCUGCUAUUUCUGCAUUGCUGUCUGUUCAUAUAGCCACCCACAUAUAGUUUGACCCACACACAAAACUUUGCCUGAAGUGAGGCACCAAAAUCCUAAUAUACACACCUAAAUAAAUGGUCUAAGAUUUUCAGACAUGCUGAGACUUUCCAGUAAAACCAAGGAGAGUUGUAUCUAUGUGCUCCGCACAUCUGAAAAUGUGGCCACUUCCAGGUACCAAUGUAGGAGCCCAAUAAAUUUAUAUACGCUCUGACGUGUGUGUGUGUGUGUAUAGAGAGAGAGGUAGGUACCUAAACACCUACAAGGGGACAAUCAUUGAAUGUCUGGCCCAGUCUUCCCCUGUCAGUCUCUAAUCUCGUGCUUGCCCAGUUAUUAAUCCCACCCUCACUCACAAUGUUAUGUCGCUAGGAACACACAACAUUUCUAAACACUUCUACAUUUAGAGUUUGUUUCAUAGCAGUAAUGAGCCAGUUCCUCAGCUGGUAGAAAUCAGCAAUGUUUCAUUGAUCUCAAUGUCAUACACAGGUUUAAGCCAGGUGAGGAACUGGCCCAAUAUUUCUUGUUGGCAUUGGAAACAAUAAACAGAUAUUAAAAACUAAUAAACAGGACAGAGUCACACUUUGCUUAUUAAUCUUAGAAGUGACUGAUGUAGAGUUAUGUUUCCCCUAAAAUAGAAUUUACAGAACAUUCCGUUCUUUGAACACUUAGUUGCCUCUGCUGACCACAAUCUCCAGAUACAUCUUGCUUUCUGAACCAGACAGACAAGUAGGAAUAAAGACCUUCUUGAUCCUGUAGGUUCAUCCUGGACCCUGCAUAAGAGGCAGUGAAUGACUGGGCAGCCCCAGGAAGGAAUUGUGACACUCACAAUUUUACCCCUACUCCCCUCUUGCUCCAGGAGGAAGGGAAGUAAGUAAUUACAACCCUUAGCAUGCAUCUCACUUCACUCCUCAACAACUGUGAAGGGGGGGGGGUAGUACAGAGUCAAAUUUCUGCCCACACCCCAUAGUGGCAGUAUCUGGAGAAUAGGAGUUGCCCUCCACACCACACCCAAGACCUGGGUUGAUUGAGCAAGGAAUAGGAGCACAAUCUAGCCCUAAAAAUAAGAUUUGUUAACUUUUGAUUAUUUUGUAAUUUAGCUCCUCUUUUUCCCUCAGCAAUAGUCAGAUUUCUCCUCCACUUCAGAAUAGGUUUCUCUCAGUUUAUGUUUGGGAUUCCUGGAUGUACUUCAGAUGUCAGUUAUUGGAACUCAGGCAUGGUGGUGAUAUUUUUCUGAAAUGAUUAUAAUGAAAGAAGAGAACAGCAUUACAGAAGUUUGAUUCGCAGACUGGAUGGUUCAGAGAGAGGCUGUUUAUCGCAUUACCACCAUUUCCAGGUAGCAGUUCUAAUCUGACAGAUUAGUAGUGACCCCAACUCUUUACCAUGCAAGUGCCCCUCAGUAGCCUAUGUGAAGUUAGUUGGAGGUUUUUCAGUCUGAUUCCUAGUAAGUGGUCAGUCAUAAGCCUCAGCAGAAAGCCCAAGGUCUGAAUGGGUUUGGAGACUAAACUAAUCUCAUCUCUUUGGAGUAGAACCUGUAGGGCAUGGUUGAGGGAGAUUGGCAAGCCAUGAAGAGACUUGUACUGACAUGGCCUGUGUUUACCUGCUCUAUUUCAAAUUCCAGUCCAUCUGCUGCAUUUACAAAUUAGUGUGAUUAAGGCAAAUUGGAGGUAUCCAGUGGUUAUGCUAUCUCUCAUGCCCAUUUCUCAUAACAGUAUGCCAGCCCUGACAAAUGAUUUACACAAAGAGUGAAGCUAUUGGAUAUCUAUUUUUUUUAAACUACAACCAUAUGAUUUUUUUUUUAUUAUUCAGAGCAAACUGAAGAGGUUCUUUAUUUUUUAUUUAUGUAUUUAUUUUAAGUCAUUCCUAUCUCUCUAUAGGAACUGUCUUAAUUUUUUGCCUUGUACAGGGCCCACUACUUUCUUGGUGCUUGAAUAGUGAUGGAGGAAUAACUUGCAUAUUUUAAGAACUGGUCUUCUCUUAGAUUUCUGGGGUUCUGCAAAAUCUAAUCUUUCAUUUGAAAGAACAGUGGAAAUUGCAUGGAAGUGCAAACGGAUGCACUGGUAUCUUGUCAAGUCUGCAGCUAGUCAAAUUUAAACAACAAUGGUAUGAAAUGUGUGAAUUCCCACACUUAUCUCAGUGGGGCAUUAACUGUGAAUCCUAAUUAUAAACAUUGAAAUGUCAGUGUUACUAUACAUUGCCUUACUGAUAAAAUUAUCAGAAACAUCUAGCUAAUGUGUUAAACUAGUCUAUCUAGCUAUACCUCUUGCAGCUUUACUUCCUAGGAAAAGUUUUUUCAGGAUGAUGGACCAUCAGGAUGAAUGUUUUUAAUAUGUAAAUAAUCCAAUUUUUGUUCACUUCAUUCCAAGACACUUUAAUCUUAAAUUUCAAGCACAAAUUAAAUUGGUAUUUGCUAUGCUUUCACUUUAUACGUUGGACUAGCACAGAAUGGUUUGUGGGUCUGUCGUAUAAUUUAGUAUUUAAAUUUAAGUGUCACUACUGGGCUAAGGAUUAGUUCUUCAGCUGGCACAAAUUAGUAUGGGUCCAUGGAUAUUCAUUGGGCUGUGCUGAUUUACACCAGGUGAAAAUCUUGCCUUAAAUAUAUUUAAGUGACUUGCUUGCUGUCCUACGUUAUAUGUAUACUUGAUAUUAUAAUAUAAAAGAGUAGGAUCCCGAAGAAAUAAUGGUGGGGGUUUUUUUGGGUGGGGGAAAAGGGAGAGAAUAUAUCACUGCAGCUAUUUUCAAAAAUGUAUUUGUCCAUCAAUUUGGGUUCACCUAUCACUAUCUUGCAGAAUAUAUUCAACUUUAUUUCUCUAUUUCUGUCCUCAUUGGUCUUGGUGUAGCAAUUCUUAGAAAUACAUGAAGUUUAAAAUUAAUGGCAUAUAUACAUUUGCAAAAACAAAAAGUGUUAACCCUGUAAGUGGGGAACCAUCUUUGCUAUUAUUCUUAGCACCAUGUAGAUUUUCUUAUGCUUGCCUGUUGCUUCUCCCUAUAUUAUCUGGAUAUGGUCCUAGACCCUUCUGUCUUUUGACUGUUCGAUCAGUUCUGUAGGUUACACUUCCUUUUAUAACCUAAGUUAGCAAGAUACUGAUGCUGCCAUAUGGAAAACAAAAUCUCACUUUUUAACAAUUCUGUUAAACUACUAGUGCUUUUUGUUUAAUCAACUAAAUUUUUUUUUGCAUCAGUAGGGACAUUUAUAUUUAAAUCCUAUUUCUAAUAUCUCCUUACAAUUUUCUUGUUAAUCCAGAAUUAAAAUUCAGAGUCCAACUUGAGCUUUAUUACAGAUGUAAAAAUGAACUGAAAUUAUGAAUACCAUCAAUUGACUCAAAUGUCAAUUUUAAUUGUUUUCAAAAGCAAUUCAGUUUGAAGGUGCACUAAACAAUUGCUGUGUGACAAAUGGAUUCCACUUUUUUUUUAAUAAAAUUAAUACAAUGCUUGGUGGCUGAUCAAAGUGUUGCAGUUGAUUGUAAAAGUGUACUUAUGUUAAACUGCAGAGUUGUUGUUUUUCGUGCUCUUCACAAAGUGUGUAUUGUUUUAUACUAAAUGUUAAUGUAAAAACAAUUUAUUUAAUGAAAGCGUACUGUGUACUACACCUUUGUAAAAUUCUUAUUUGGAGUGCACGUACCAUCUUUGGUCUGAGUUUGUACAGUGUCAGGCAUAAGGGGGUCCUCGUCCAUUACUAAGGCUCUGAUCAUAUAAAUAAGCAGUAGUAUAUUGUGUAUAGCUACAUGUGAUUUAAUUAAUAAACUUCUAACCUUG